CCGGGAUAGCGGGCGACAGCCAGUGACGCCGCAAUGCUCGCUUUUCCCUCCCUGGCCACCCGGCCACCAGCUCUAUAAAAGCGCCUCCCAUCCGCCCGCCCUGCCACGCAGAAAUCGUCAGUCAAUACACAGACCCCGUGUCGCAUGAACGGCAGCACCGAUCAACGGCGGGCUGAGUGAGCUAAAGACGAUCGACGUGCAAGUGCAAGUGAUUACUGAUCAAAUUAAUGGAGGGGGGCUCGUCGUCGUCGUCGUCGGACAGGUACGCCGAGAGGUGCGCCCUGGCCGCGGAGCUGGCGCGGGUGCUGGACACGGUGAGGCAGCUGGAGGCGCACAUGGGCGGCCCAGCUGACGACGGAGGGGAGCGGUGCCGGGCGCUGGUGUCCAGCAUGCGCUCGUCCGUCGACAGGUCCAUCCGCAUCGCCAUGUCAUGCUGCGUCGUCACCGGGGCGCCUGAGUCGCCGCCGUCCGCCGAUGGGAGCCCCCGCAGCGGCGGUGGCUUGGACGACCAUGCUGCCGACGUCUCCCGGUGCCGCGCUGCUAAUGCAGGUGGGCAGUCCAAGAAGAGGAAGACGCUUCCCCGGUGGAGCACGCAGGUGAGGGUGAACUCCGUGCAGGAUGUCACCCCCCUCGAGGACCGCUUCAGCUGGAGGAAGUACGGCCAGAAGGACAUCCUCGGCGCCAAGUACCCAAGAGCCUACUUCCGGUGCACGCACCGGCACACGCAGAGCUGCUCCGCGAGCAAGCAGGUGCAGCGUACCGACGGCGACCCGCUGCUCUUCGACGUCGUGUACCACGGGAACCACACGUGCGCGCAGGCCACGCACUGCAGCACCAUCCAGAGUCCCCGGCUCGCGGAGAUCUGGCAGACGCAGCCUGCAGGGCAAGGGCAGGAGCAGAGCUCCGUGUGCGCCGUGGGGUUCAACGGUACCGAGGAGGGGGCGCCGGCGCCGCAGGGGCUGCUGGAGCCAGCUCCGUUGUCGUUCCCCUCCAAUAAGCCAGAACCGGCGGUCGUCGCCCACGCAGCGAGCAAUGACUUUCCAGAGUGGACGGAGUGCCAUGUUAGCGGAGCCAAGAAUGUGCCCGACGUCGAGCUUACCUCCUCCACCGCCAACUCCCCGAUUGGGGACAUGGAAUUCAUGCUCCAGCUGGCCGAAGCCGAUUUCUUGGAUAACUCGCGCUAUUUCUAAGCCAAAACCUAUAGCAUUAUAGCACCGCAAGACGACAGAUAGGUAAAGAAAUUACGAGUACGAUCGAUCUAUACUGUGAGCUUUGUAAGCAAAUGUAUGAAAUGCAUCCCCCCACUUGUGCAAGGUUUGCCUUGGAAUUAGUUAACUGACGAGGCGACGGGUUCGGGUGGAUCUGGAUCCUGAAAGAUACGUGCGUGGAUUCAGGUCCUGCCAGGCGCCAAGGACUAUCGUGAAAGGAUAUCACUUGCCGUCACCUGCAGGUUACCGAGAACAGGACUAGCGGCGACAACGCAGCAGGACAACGUACAACAAGGACUGAAAAACUGAAUGGUGCCGCGAGAGACAGUAAAAUCUGACGGUGACAGAUCGUAUCCACUAGGCACUAGCAUGUACGUAUGCUCUCAUGUUCCAAGUAUUUUUCGAUCAAAAAGGUAUGGAUGAUCUGUAGCCCGUACGUUUUGCACACAAGGCCAUCGUAGUCCAUCGUGUCAUACACGAGAAGAGAUACAGUGUAGUGGGCACUACGUAGCCAUUUAUGCACAUCCUCUGUAUUUGUUCAAACAAAGCCUCCAAAGAUAUGUAUGGCCUUGCAUGACAGCAAA